AUGUCGAACCCUGGCGUCGACGAGAGCCCUAUCUAUCCCGCUCUUACGGAGCGCCGCAAUUCGCUGGAGAAGCAUCUCCAGACCCGGCCGGAUUUGCAGGAGCUGAAGAAUAGGCACAUUCUGCUCAACACCAAUGUUGCUCCCUCCCUCCAAGCCGCACAGCAAGAGCUCGCUCGUCAGCGGACUUCAGACACCCUGAAGAGACACCUGGAACGUCGCCCAGACCGGGAGGAGCUUGUUGAGCGGAACAUCCUCCCCGCUCUCAACGCUGCGCCGGCCCUGCAGGCCAACGCCCGCGAACUGGAAAAACACAUGCUCGCCGACAACCUCGAGCAUAAGAUCCAGAACCGGCCCCGACCGGAAGAUCUCAUCUCCCAGGGCAUUCUGGACGAGAGCGAGGAUCCUAGGAGUCCAUAG